UUUAUUACACCUACUCUCCAUUCCCACAUUUCUUCUUCAGAAAUGGACCAAACUCUCUAUUUCAUUCUUCUUCUCAUUGGUGAGUGUUUGUUGUUUUAUUUAUGGUUUAUAGUUUCAUCAGGUUUGACUCUGUUAUGAAAAGCAUUAAAUCAAACCCUCUCUUUCACAGCUCUCUGCUCCGUAUCUGAAUGUGUUCAGCGUCAGUAUCACUUUAUAAACGAGAUGAAGAACUGGACUGAAGCUCAGAGAUACUGCAGAGAGAAUUACACAGAUCUGGCCACCGUUGACAACAUGAACGACAUGAACGAGCUGAAGAAGAGUGUGAUUGUUGGAGGUGUUCAGUAUGUCUGGAUUGGGCUGCAGAGGACGGGUGUUGAUAAAUGGCAGUGGUCUUCAGGUGAUCCUGCGCUCUAUCUGAACUGGGCUCCUGGACAACCUGAUGGCACAGAUGAGUGUGCUAUGAUGAGAAAUGGACAGUGGGGAGAUUUGCCAUGUAGUAACAGCCUGACUUUCAUCUGCAACAACACGAACACAGGACUCGUCUUUAUCAAUCAGAUGAUGAAUUGGAGAGACGCUCAGAGUCACUGCAGACAGAAUCACAUUGAUCUGGUCAGUGUGAGGAACCAGAAUGAGAAUCAACAGAUUCAGAAGUUCAUCAGUGAUAGUCACAUAUCUGGUGAUGUCUGGAUCGGUCUGUUCAGAGACUCAUGGCAGUGGUCAGAUCAGAGUAACUCCUCAUUCAGAUACUGGAGGUCUAAUGAACCUAAUAAUAAUAUAGAUGAAAACUGUGCAGCUAUGACUGAAAAUGCUUUGAGACAAUGGAAUGAUGUCUUUUGCUACAACCAGUUUCCUUUUGUGUGUCAUGAAGAUAAACUGAUCCUGAUCAAAGAGAAUCUGACGUGGCCUGAAGCUCUGAGAUACUGCAGACAGAAUCAUAUGGAUUUGGUCUCGGUUCAUUCAGAAGAGAUUCAGCGUCGUGUGAUGAAUGUGGUUAAACAGGCGUCUACUGAGGCGGUGUGGUUGGGUUUACACAACUACUGCAGCAUGAACAUGUGGAUCUGGUUGAGCGGAGAGAUCGUGUGCUAUCAGAACUGGGCUCCAGGGAACGGAUCGACACCGGAAGACUGCCGCCUCGAGAAGAGAAAAGGAGCAGUUCAGUCUGGAGGAGAUCAGCGCUGGAUCAGCCUUCCUGAAACUCGCAAACUCAACUUCAUCUGCAGCAGAUAUUAAGAGUGAAUGUUUGUGUGUUUACUUACAUUCACUGCUUUCAUUCUUCAUUAUUUCUCUUAUUUACUUGUAUUUGUUUUAGUAAGUUCUGAG